AUGUUGAAGUCAGGAAAGCCGUAUUUUGGCCUCCGAGGCGGAUGGCUCACUUUCUGGAUCACACUAGCCUGUGGUGCUGACAUGACCCUUUAUGGAUACGACCAAGGAGUUUUCAGUGGAGUCAUCAUCUCCCGUGACUUCCUUCGACUGCAUAAUCUCGAAGGACCUACCAAUACAACAAUCCUGGGGACUGUGGCCGCCAUUUACGAUGUAGGUUGCUGUCUCGGUUCCCUCCUUGCCUACCGGCUCGGAGAACAGCUUGGACGCAAAAGCACCGUGCUGGUGGGUACAAUCAUCAUGUCCAUUGGUGCCCUUCUGCAAGCAUCCUCCUAUAGCCUGGGUCAAAUGAUAACGGGUCGAAUCAUCACCGGGAUUGGCAAUGGUCUCAAUACCUCAACAGCACCAGUUUGGCAGGUGGAAACAUCGAAGGUCGAGUGGCGAGGAAAAUUGGUCAUCCUUGAAAACUGUCUCGUCCUCGUCGGCUUUUCUCUUGCCAAUUGGCUAAACUACGGUCUCUCGUUUGCUACUGGCCCAGUAUCAUGGCGCUUCCCCUUGUCUUUCCAACUCAUCUUUAACAUCAUAUUGUUCUGCACCGUUCCAUGGCUUCCGGAAUCUCCAAGAUGGCUCAUUGCCCACGACCGUUCAAACGAAGCUGUUCAGAUUAUCUCGGACAUCGAGGACAAAGACAUUAACGACGCCUUUGUUCAACUUCAAAUGAGCGAGAUACAAUAUAGCGUGGAGUACGAGCGAGCCAAUAGUGUCAGCUUCAGCGAUAUUUUACGUGGGCGAGCCCAUGAAAAAUCAGGCACAAAAACAGUCCGUCGCCUUAUCCUGGGAAUGGGAGCCCAAGCGAUGCAACAGUUUACCGGAAUUAAUGUGACGUCUUAUUAUCUGCCAACUGUGCUAACCAAGUCCGUCGGAUUGAGUGAAACGUUAGCAAGGCUGCUCACAGCUUGCAAUAGCGUUCAGUACCUUUGCUUCUCUAUGAUAGGUAUUCCGAAUGUCGAGCGAUGGGGUCGACGUAUGCUUAUGAUAUUCGGCGCUACGGGGAUGUGUUUCUGCUACGUAUUUAUCACGGCUCUUAUCCGGUACAAUGAGAUGCCAGAAUAUCCACAUCGCCACGACGUGGCGUCAGCAUCAGUGGCCUUCUUUUUCUUGUACUACGUCUUCUUUGGAAUUGGUAUGCAGGGCGUGCCGUGGUUGUAUCCUACUGAGAUCAACUCGCUCACAAUGCGGACAAAGGGAGCCGCCCUGGGAGCUGCCACAAAUUGGAUCUUUAAUUUCAUGGUUGUUGAAAUUACACCCAUCGGCAUACAAAACCUCGGCUGGCGAUUUUAUAUCAUUUGGAUCGUGCUGAACGCGGUGAUGGUACCUACCAUUUACCUUUUCUACCCGGAGACAGCAGGUCGCUCUUUGGAGGACAUUGAUGACUACUAUCGCGGCAAUCCUCCCCUUCUGGUCUGCCUUGAUAAGGAGGCAAUAUCUAGCAAGCGCCCUGAGAAAUAUCAAGCACGCGAUGAACACAUCAUGCAUGCCAAAGAAGGUGAGACGGCACAGCACUUGGAAAGUGUGGAGAAUACCAAUGCGUGA